AUGUCUGCAUCAAAGACCUCGGCGGUGGCCGACGAGCCCAUUGAGGUGCUCUUUGCGCUCCACCCAAAGUUCGACCUGCUCGACUUUGCCGGCCCCGCCGAGGUGUUCACCACUGCUCUGCACGACUGGAAGGACGAGUCCUCCAAGGCCUUCGACAUCACCCUGGCCGGUGCAGAGGACAAGGUCCUCUCCGAGCAGGGCGUCAUCAUCGGCUCCCAGAUCUCGUUCAAGGAAGCACACAAGCGUCUCGAGGACUUUGACGUCCUCGUCAUCUUGGGCGGCAACUCGGCCGAGAUUCUGAAGACGGAGGAGCAGCCUGCCGGCCUGAUCUGCGACUUCUCCGAGCUGCAGAAGAAGGACCCCGGACGCGAGCGCACCAUCCUCUCCGUCUGCACCGGUGCCCUGUUUCUCGCCAAAGAAGGUAUCCUGUCCGGCCUGUCGGCCACGACUCACCCCGACUACUUCACUACCUUCGAGAAUCUGUGCAGUGACGCCGCGACCCGCAACCUCCAGGAGCGCACCGACGUUGUCGAGGACGCCCGCUACGUCGUCAACAAUCUCCGCUUCGAUCUCGGCGAGGAAGACGACAACCCCUACAUUCGCCGCAAGUCUGACGCCGGUCGUCGACCCUCCAACGCUCGCAAGGGCAGCAUGUCCUGGAAGGGCUCCAACACGCGCCGCGAGUCGAUCACCCGCCGCGCUGCCAUGCGCCUUGGAGGUCUGCGUGUGAUCACGGCUGGAGGCAACAGCGCUGGCGUGGAUGCAGCCUUGUAUCUCGUCAGCGCCUUGGUAGAUGAUGAGUGUGCGACGGAGGUGGCCAGGAUCAUGCAAUGGACCUGGAACAAGGGCGUUGUCGUCGACGGUCUCGACGUCUAA